GGGCUGUACAGGUCUGACUUGUUCAGCCUGGGCUCAUUGAAAGUUUCCCCUUCAUACAGAAUGGUGGUGUGGGGAGCAGAGCUGUGAUGUGCCUUCUAUAAAGUGUUUUUGAAAAGACAGCGGUGGAGACUUCAGACCAGAUGGUUUACUAAAAGCUCAUGGAUCCCUUCAUGAGACACAAUGGCGUCCUGCAGAGACAGAACACAACAGAUUUUCCUGCUGCAGGUUACCAAGAGCAGCCUUUUGGCUAUGCCGUGAUGCCUCCAGAUGAAGCUAACCCUCAAGGAUAUAUUUGGAAUACUGAACAUCAGGGAAAUGGCCCUCCACCACGUCCACCCAAAAAUGUUAGGACUCGAUUUCUCAGUGAUCCCAUGGGAGCAGAACCUGUGCCACCUCCCAUUCCCCCCAGGACAAGACCGCAACAAAUCCACAACAGGAGGAUGUCUUUGGACACCGUCUCUACACCAGCAAACAGACUAAUGCGUUCCCACACACAAGUGGAGAGUCAAGAUCCAUGGGCCAUCAUCUUAAAUAACUGUCCAGAGGGCAGCACUAAGGAUCUGGCAGUGUUUUGCAGCACAACAUCCCAGCUGAAGUCACAGUACAAGCACACAAACUUUGAUCAGAACUCUGGUGUGGUGUGGGGCCGACUGGCACAAAUCCACCCCUCCCUUCUCAACAAGGUGGAGGUGGAGGUCACUGUAUCCAACGAGGAGGACAACCACCAGCUUCCCCUCCCCACAGAGGCAAACAAGCCAGUACAGCAGCUAAUUGAUGAAAUUUUGGAGCUGCUUGACCUUGACCCCAGCAGAGCCGGGGAAUAUGUUCUAAAGUUUUGCGACUCAGAGGAGUAUCUGAAAAAUGUUGAAUUACUCUCUGUGCAUGAGAAAGUACAGAUGUGCCACAAGCUGAAACAGGUGAUCCACCUGCGGCUCAUCCAUGGCGGCAGGCUGAAACGCCAUCUGGUCAGAAAUGCUGAAGAUGACAGCACAGAAUGUCACCUGUACCCAUUCCUGAACUCUGUUACUGUCUACAACAUCUCCAGGGUCAACAUGCAGGAGGUGCUCAACAGCUAUAGCAAAGAAGUGGCAGAGCUCAUGAAAAGUCAGUCUCAGCAGAAAAUCAAUGAUGUUGUGACAAGAGUUCGUACAAUCACGAAUCUGCUGUUUGGACUCACAAGUCAAGAACUGGAAGAAGCCAUUGGCCGGCUCAACCGAACCAACCUCAAAACUAUGAACAAUGAUGAGAUGUUUGAGUGUCAGUCUGUUACGGUCAUGCUCCAUGGGGUCCUUCUGAAACUGCUGCAGCUGUAUUUUGACAACUUCCAGUCCAACUUUACGGUUCAGCGAAUAAUCAGCAGCCCGCAAACCUGUGACGUGGACAACAACCAAGAAAUUCUGCAGUUCAACAUUGUUUCUCUCUAUAAGCUGCUCCCCGCCUGGCUGAGUUAUGACAGCUUUUCCCUUUCCUGUGAUUUGCUAUAUGGAGGAGUUUCAAUCUGUGACGCUGCCAUCUCUGAAAAUAUCAGCACUGCUUUGUCAUGCAGAAACAAGAUCAACUGCAACCGAACGAUGGUCUUUCCUGUUCCCAUAAAUCAGCUUCCGUAUGAAUGCAUGCUGAGAUUUCACGUAAAAGGAGCAAAGAAAGGAAAAACCAUGGAGCUUUUAGCCUGGGUUGUUCUACCUCUGUACAGUCACAGGACUCUUAUAAGAGGAACUGUUCUCCUAAGUAUGUGCAUUUCCCCUGAGUUGCCUUUUUCUCCAAGUCCUGCACUGUCCGACCUCCACAAACAGGCUGAGGGGGUCAUACUACAGCUUGAAUUUCCAGAUCAGUACGAGUGGGUUUAUCAGAGACCCGUGGCUCUGCCAGGGUCGAUCGAGUUCUCUGAGCCUUGCAACGAAGUUCGAAAGAAAAUGCUGCAGAUAUCAAAGAAGCAUUGCCUCUGCUUUCUGACAGAAAACGAGAAGGCUUUCCUGUGGAGCAAACACCACUUGAGUAACAAAGGAAGCACCUUCCUUCACCUGCUGCUGGGCGGUGUGCCCCACUGGCAGCCGAAAGACUUGACAGAAAUCUACACGGUGGUUGACAACUGGCCCAUCUACCUUCCUGAAGAGGCUCUUUUCCUGCUCACUGACAGGAUACCUGAUGAGACCGUCCGAAAGGCUGCAGUGCACUAUUUUCAACAAAUACCAGAUGGAGAGCUGGAGCUGUUUCUCCCACAGCUGGUUCAGGCUCUGAAGAAUGAGUGGAAGUUGAACUCACCUUUGGUGAUGUUGCUCUUGGAUAGAUCUCUGAAGAACAUCAGGAUCAGUCAUCAGCUUUAUUGGCUCCUGGCAGACGCUCAACAUGACCCAUACUAUCAAAGCUGGUUCAAGAAGAUCCAGGCCGCGCUGCGAUGCUGCUGUGGUCAGGCAAUGAAGAAGGAGCUGGACAAUGAAGCUCAGCUGGUCAAGGUGCUCGUACACAUGGCUGAAGCAGUGCGCUCUGCUGACAAGACUCAAAGAAAGGGUGUUUUGCACUCGUUAAAGGGGAACAUUGACCAAUUCUUCAAAGGAGGGAUGAGCUGUUGUCUACCACUGGAUCCUGCCGUUUGUGUAAAAGGAGUCAAUCUGAAUGACUGUAAGUUCUACAGCUCCAAUGCCGCUCCUUUGGGGAUCUCCUUCAUUUGUAAUGACCCCCUGGCCAAACAAUUCAGUGUCAUCUGCAAGACAGGAGAUGACCUGAAUCAGGACAUGCUGGUGCUUCAGAUAGUCCGUGUGAUGGACUCAGUUUGGCUCCAGGAGGGGCUGGAUUUGCAAAUGAUCACUUACAGAUGCAUCUCCAUAGGAAAAGCUCAAGGGCUGGUUGAAGUGGUUCCCGAAGCAGUGACACUGGCCAAGAUUCAUCAACAGUGGGGUGUGGGUGGAGCGCUUCGGUACGAUUCACUGGAGAAAUGGUUUCACAUGUUGAACAAAACUCAAGACGGUUAUGAUGAGGCUGUGAUGAACUUCAUCCACUCCUGUGCAGGGUGGUGUGUAGCCACCUUCAUCCUGGGGAUCUGCGAUCGCCACAAUGACAACAUCAUGCUGAAAAGCACCGGACACAUGUUCCACAUUGACUUUGGCAAAAUCAUGGGAAAUGCACAGAUGUUUGCAGGAUUCAAAAGGGACCGAACCCCGUUCGUCUUCACAUCUGAGAUGCAGCACUUCAUCACAGGUGGUGGGAAGACUCCUCAGCGGUUUCAGAACUUUGUGGAGCUCUGCUGUAGAGCUUAUAACAUCAUCCGAGGGCGCUCUGCACUGAUACUCAGCAUGCUGGAGCUGAUGCUCCGGGCAGGAAUGCCAGAGCUGAAGGACUCUAAGGAUCUGGAGUACAUCCAGAACAACCUCAGACCCCAUGACACGGACUUGGAAGCCACUGUCUACUUUACAAAGAAAAUCAAGGAGAGUAUGGGUUGUGUUGCUGCCAAGUUCAACUUUGUGACACAUUUAAUGGGACAAAAGAAGACACAAGGGUCGCAGUUCCGGGAGACCGUCUCUGCUCCCAGCAACAACAUCCAGGAGGCUGUCAUUCAGCGCUUCUCUGUCAAGGGAAAGGACGUGAUUUAUGAACUGCAAAUAAAAAUUGACGAUGGUUGUCUGACAAGAGAGAAGACAUAUGGGGAUUUUGAGCAGAUCCAUAAAACCAUGCAGAGGCACUUCAUAGAAUCCCAGCUACCUAAGUUUCCUGGAUUUUUUCAGAUGUCGUUCACUCCACAAAGAAAGAUGUAUGAGCUUAAUAAUUACCUAAAGGAGCUUUUUGAGGGACCAGGCAAAGGGGAUGAGUACGUGUGCAGACUGUUCCUGGAUGGUCCAAAACAGGCAAAGCAAGAGUUGCAAGAAGGAGACUGCUCUCAGAUCCAGCUGUACAUCACCUAUGCAGAAAACACGCUGUCAGUGUUGGUGAAACACCUGAGAAACAUUAGACAAACAAAUGGCUCCAACCCUGAUGUCUAUGUGGUCAUGCGUCUGAGACCCGACCCUCUGCAGACCUCCAAAAGGAAGACCAAGGUGGUUCGACAUAAUGACAACCCCACCUUCAAUGAAAUGCUGGUGUACAAAAAUGUCCCGUUGAUGUAUGGGAUGGUGCUUGAUGUGAAGGUGAAGAAUAAGAAGCAAAAGAAUAGGAGGCUUCUGGCUGAAGCCAUAAUCAAACUUGAGAGGGAACUUCUCGACGAGGAAAGAUGGUUUAUUCUUGAGGAUGGAGCAAAUUGAUCCUGGUGCACUGCAGGGAUUCUGCCAGCAGGGGGAGCCACCACACUGAAUGGACAGAUCCAUCCAUACAGAUGUGAACACAAGGUCAAAACAAGUCAGCCAACUAACUGUGCAAGUUCUCCAACUUAUAAAGAUGAAAGAGGCAUAUCAUGGAAAUCAUAGAUACGCUGAGACAAAUUUAGAAAAAAGAAGUCCAUAGUUAUCACAUUGUCUAUUUUUUCUUAAAGAAUUUAGCUGCAAAUUAUGGUGGAAAAUCAGUAUUUGGUCAAUUUUCAAGAUUUCGUCUUUAUUACUUGAAGUGUUUCUUAAGUAACCACUUCUUCACAGUGUGUUCAGGAUCAUUGUCAUGCUAAAAGUCUCAGCCAUGUUUCAUUAUUAACGCCCUUGCUGAUGGAAAGAGGUUUUCACUCAAAAUCUCACGAUACAUGGCCCCAUUCAUUCUUUCCUUAACACAGAUCAGUCAUCCCAGCCCCCUUGCAGAAAACCAGCCCCAAAGCAUGAUGGGAGUUUAGAGUGUGGCUGUUUAAAGAUGUGCACAUGUGUCUUUUAUACAGAUGACAUUAACACAGGUAACAAGGAGGGUAGAAGAGCUUCUUAAAGAAGAAGAAUCAGGUCUGUUAGAGACAGAAAUCUUGCUUGUUUGUUGGUGGCCAAAUACUUAGUUUGCUGAGGAAUGUAACAAUUAUAUACAUUUUUUAAAAUCCUACAUUUUGACUUUAGUCCUCUUUCAUCAUUUUAAGUAGGAGAACGUGCAAAAUAAAAGGUUGACUGAAUACCUUUUCACCCCAACGUAAAUAUCUACUUAACAUUAGGAAUUAUGCACUUUACAUAAAAAUACAAACCUGUAUUGUCUUCUUUUGACAUUCAGUUUUCUGUCAGUGUACUGUAAAAAAACAAUGUGUUUCUCAUCUGACAGACACAAGUGUUUACUUUGUGAAGGAACUUUUAACCUUUGUUAUUUAAAUAUCUUUUAAAUGUAGAUUUUAUCUGGUGAGCAUGAAGAAAAAUGUUUGCACUUUGAUUUGAUCUCCAGCUGUAACCUUGAGCAGCAGACAGAUAUUUGAUGUGACAGACUAGGGAGGAGGUGAUGUUUUAGAGCUGCUUGCAUGCUACCUGCAAAGCCUGGGUGUGUUUUUCCUUCAGGCUGUGUGAACUGAAGCUCCUUGACCAGUGGAAUUAGAAAAAGAAACAGGGGCCAGAGUGUGCGAAGAUAAGUCGGCGGCUCUGACCCGAGGGGCCGAUUCGACGGUCCCCUCUUCAUUUUGUCGUCUCAUCCAUCAGUGGCAUUCAAACACAGUUGUGCUCAAGCAUGCACAAACAUGUAAAGACAGACAAGCAACAUGAAUUUAAAAAAAUAAGGCAUCUACACACGCUCACCGUUUCUAGGCCAAACCAAGUCUUCAUGUUAUCUUAAUUCCAGAGCGCCCUGACAGGCCUGCUGACCCGUACUUUCCUUCUCCUCAUUCAAAGGAAUUUAGUGAUGAACGAGGAUAGAAAUAGACUUCUCUGGACUGGAUUUGGUUUAAUAAUGUAUACCUCUCUAGAGGCUAUUUUUGUUAUUCCCUGAUGGGGUUUAUCCAGGGAAAUGAGAAUGGAAGCAAAUCCUGGUCCGCAUUUGAUGACUGCAUUCAUCAGUUUUCAAGGCUCCACCUGAGAUGAUUGUGAAAGAUUUUAUUUGGUUGACCAACAUUAAGUAAAAGCUUCAGGAAUUGUGUCAUUUAUUAAACCUGUGAUCCUGUUUUUUUUUUGCUCUUGGUCUCAGUUACUGAAGAACUGCAAGCAGAGAAAUGUUUCAGUUUCUGGGUAAUCUUUCCUCUGCACUUCAGGCAGUAAAACAACCAAAAAAAUCCCAAACGUAUGUCUAUUUUUUGACAAUAAAAUGGUAUUUAUAUC